AUGGCCCUCAGGGUUGCUCCGUCGCCGCUCCUCGCCUCCGGCGGCGGUGCCACCGCCUUCGCCACCCCGCUUACGCCGAGGAAGAGAGGCGCCGGCCUGCUCCUCGUAAGCAAGCGCUCCAGAAUCUCGGCGCAGCUCGGUGGUGGUGGUGGUGGUGGUGGAGAUGGAGAGACCAAGCCUGACGGCAAGAAGUUCAUCACCAGAGAACAGGAACCGGAGCAGUACUGGCAGACUGCUGGGGAGAGGAAGGGGGAGAACCCCAUGAUGACGCCGCUGCCCUAUAUCGUCAUCUUCGGCUUCUCCACCCCCUUCAUCAUCCUCGCCAUCGCCUUCGCCAACGGAUGGAUCAAGGCGCCCCUCAUCCGCUGA